GCAGCAUCUCUAUGUCUCUCCUAUUCAGAUUUCACAGUCUAGGAAGAGAUGAAAUGAGCACACUUCUCAACUCCUAAUCUCUUUCAUUUCAUCUCACUCUAAAGCUCUUCUUUUUAUCCAUCAAUGGCGGACUAUGAAACCCAUUCAAAUACCCAAACACAACCAACAAUAAUCACAAAAGAAACAGCCAUUCAAACCUUAAACACCAUUAUCCAACUCCAUUUUGAAAAAACCCUUGAGAAAAAAAGAGCUGUAGACCUUCAAAAAAAGUAUUUAUGGAAGCUUUUUCAACAUUUUUUCCUCUUCCUUUCGCUUAUUUUCACUUCACUUUCUCUUUCUAAUCGUCUUCAAUGCCGCCAUUGUUGGAUCCCAAUCACUUUCCUUUCUUUCUCUCAUCUCAUUUUCUAUGUCUCUGUUGCUCAAACUCUGAGAUGCAUCAAUGGAUUCAAGUACCAAAGAAGAUGUCAUAAGUUAACACUCGGUCUUGCAACCGAAAAACUUAGACAACUUAAGAUGAUUUCUAUCAAUUUGAUUGAUCCAACAGAAGGAUUUAGUAAUAAUGGUAAUGGGGAUGAAUCUAGUUUUGUUAAUGGGGAUGAUUUUGAAAUUCAUUAUCAAGAACCUCCUGACAGUUAUUUUGUCGGGAAGAAUCUGUCGGUCAAGAUGAGUCUGUCGGGCAUCCUGUUGAUUGGACGCUCGUCAAAGGGCAUGUCGGUCAAUUUAAAAUUAGAGGGUAUGGCACGGAGGUCACUUCUGAUCACACAGGAGUCAACCAGGUUGAGGAUGCGGCUCCACAGGGGAAGAGGCGCUCACAGUCCGCAAAUAUAGACUGGUUGAUCACAUCACCCCAGCCCGGGGGCCCUGUUGACACCAGUUUAAUACCCAGCUAUGGUGGGCAUGUAGCGAAGGUA